AUGGCAGCCCCCAACAAAAAGGACAUGCGAUUGAAGAUAGAGCAAGUGGAUCUCUGUCUGAAGGCAAACGGAGAGGCUCAUCGGACGAGUCGAUUUGAAUUGAUGAGGGCUGAAAAUCCUAUGUUGGUGGUGAGGCGAGGUCAACCGUUCCAGCUUAAGUUGUCGUGCGAUAGACCUUUCGACGAGAACCGGGAUGUGAUUUCGUUCAAAUUAUCUGUGAACGAUGAUGGCUUCGUACUGAAUUUGACUGAUGGUGGCGCAAAAUUCGAUUGGAAGGCCGUUCUGGAAUCGGUGGAGAAAAAUGUGCUCACGAUCAGCGUCAGGGCAUCGGCCAGGGCUUCGGUGUCGACAUGGAACAUGGCUAUCGAGACGAAGCUAACGGGAUCGGAGGAACCAAUCAACGUGAACAAGUUGUUUGAAUUUUAUUUGCUGUUCAAUCCUUGGUGUGAAAAUGAUUGUGUAUUUCUCAAAGACGAACGACUCCGCGUGGAGUACGUCCUCAACGACAAGACAAUGAUUUGGCAGGGUGCGACUGACAGCAUCAAUUCAAUAGACUGGGCGUUAGGACAUUUCGCGCAGAAUAUUCUGGAGUGCAGUUUCCUGCUGUUGUCCAUGGUUGGACCUGUUAGUGCAACGGAUCGUGGUAAUCCAAUUUUUGUGGCUCGUGCCCUUUCGGCAGUUGUGCAUGGAAAGUUUGACAAAGGAGCGGGACUGUGGGCUGUGGAGCAUUCGCCCAACUCAUGGGUUGGAUCGGUUGAUAUCUUACAACAGUUUUACCAGUCGAGAAAACCCGUCAAAUCUGGACAAUGCUGGGUGUUUGCCGGAGUAUUAGCUACCAUCUCACGAGCUGUAGGGAUUCCGUGUCGCAUAGUAACCAAUUUCAAAUCCGGCCACGAAUCAGAUAAGUCGGGGUCGACGGAACGUGAUGAGAGCAUGUGUAAUUUCAGCGUAUGGAAUGAACUGUGGAUGAAUAGGCCAGACAUUGGGGAAAGAUGCAAAGAGGAGUUGUACGAUGGAUGGCAGGUGGUUGAAGCGUUUGGGCCGGCACCUGUGAACGCAGUUAAACGUGGAGAUAUCACUGUGAAAUAUGAUUGUGAUUCCGUAUUCGGUGAGGUUAAUCCCAAUGUGAGGUAUUUUGAAGAUACUGAUAGUGGUCAACCGGAGCCUAAGAUAGAUUCUAUGGAAAUCAGAACGUUUAUCAGCACCAAAGCGGUGGGAGUUAAUGAGCGUGAAGACAUCACUGAAUCGUACAAAUCAAAGGAAGGGACUUUUGAGAGAAGAACUGCAAUUAGUGUAGCGAUGAUGCAAGCCAAAAAUACAAGAUUGGACAUGGCUGUCAACAAGGAGGAAACAAGGGUUGGCGAAAGCUCAAAGGUGAAAUCGGCGGCAAAGUCGAGUUGGUUGUCAACCGUGAGGCAUGCAUAUAAGCGGGUAGUGAAGUUCAAUGCGGAGCCAGAAGCAGAGUCUCAAUCAGCUAAUUCAAAGGUGAAAUUGAACGUGGAGUUGGAGUCAGAAUUGAAGGCGUUGUUCAAGGUGGAGGAGGAGGAAAAGUUGAAAGCGAAGGCAGCGGUGGAUUUGAAGUCGGAUGCGAAGAAGAAAUUAAAUGCUUCGCCGGAGUCAGAGUUACAGGCGAAGUUAAACGCCAAAUCUAAGGCGAAGUUGAAGUCGGAGUCAGAGGUGGAGACGAAGCCGAAAUUCAAGGUAAAAUCGAAGAGGCUGCUUAAAUCAGAUGCGGUGUCAAAGGCGAAGCCAAAAAUAGGGGCGGAGUCGGAGUCGAAGGCGAAGUUAAAGGCGGAAUCAAAGACAAAGUCAAAGGUGGAUUUGAAGUCGGAUGCGAAGAAGAAAUUAAAUACUGAGCCGGAGUCAGAGUUGCAGGCGAAGUUAAACGCCAAACCUAAGGCGAAGUUGGACUAG